GAGAGAGGAAAUAAAAACAGGAAAACUAAAAAAAAGGAAGGUAGGGGCCGGAGGCAAUAACAGCAAGUUGAUUUAUUUGUUGGGUGUUUUUUUUUUUUCUCAAACACGACGAGAGAGAAAACUCAUAGCUCAGUCCAUCUGAACAUUUUAUCCCUGUCGGGACGCAUCUGCAAUAAUAUAUAUAUAUAUAUAUAUAUAUAUAAAACAGCAGCAGAGCAUUUAUCACCAUCUAGAAACGACCAUGUCCCUAAACGGUUUCAUUGGUAAAUGGCAGGAGCAGACUAAGGAAGGGUUUGACAGUCUCAUCUCAGCCAUAGGACUGCCCGCCGAGAAGAAGGAGUGGUAUAGAGCAGCCCGUACAGAGAUUGAAUAUAAAAAACUGAGUGAUGAUACCUGGGAAAUCAAUGUUGGUAUUGUAGGAGUACCCAAGGGAAGAACAUUCAAGUUCAAAUUCGGUCAGACUUAUGAAUCAGCUUCCAUUGACGGAUCUCCGAUGCAGAGUAUCAUUACAGCUGAUGGAGAUAAAUUCGUUGAGAAACAUACGGGAGAGAGUCUACAAGGUGCCGAGAUGCAUAUUAUUCGGAGGAUAGAAAAUGGCAAUAUGAUUGUGAAAACAACAUGCAACGGCGCUACAAUGAACUCCAGGUACACGAGGGUGUAACCAGAAACAAGUACCAUCAUUAUCACUCCACUGACGUCAUUUCUUCUCAAAUAUGCUAUCAAGGGACGUUACUCUUUCUUUUAAGAGCUGCCGUACCUUGUGUUGUUUAUUUUGUUUGUUUGUUUUAGCAUUGUAUUGUUAUCCAACGGCAAGCUAACUAAUCUAUUAAUGGUUCUAAAGAAACAAAGAUUAUACAUUAAAAAAAAGUACAUGUCUUCUUCUUUCAUGCAUCAUAAACUGCUGCAUUAGAGCGCUGGUAUAAUGGCUGUUAUGUGACUGUUGUGUGAAAUAGCCAGUUGCUAAGAGGAUACGCUGAUGACUGCUCUCUGCAACCAGGCACAGAGCAAAAAAUAUUUCAAGCAUUAAAAAAACGCAUUCUAAUAAAAGAACAAAAUUGCAAUCACACAUGCAUAAAUGAGCUUUCUUUUUGUUAUUGCUUUGACAUUCUGCACUCGUAAAUGAGUCAUUCAAAGAAACACACUUAGACUUUGGUAAACAAAAGAAAAGGCAUUAUGGCUGAAUUUCAUUAACUAAUCACUUUUUAGAAUGUUUUAGCUGUGUAGUAUUUCACUUCAUAAAUAAGCAAUUCUUGAAUGAAAUAUCUUUUACCUAAAACAUUUCUUUACAUUCGUAUGUUAACCAAGGCAAAGAGCUACACUUUUUGUGUUCCCGAAAAAAAUAUUAAAGAAAUUCUUCAGAAAAUAGAGUGUCACUAAGAUCUUCUGUAUCACAAAUGAUCUCUGAUUUAACACAGAAAUUCGAAGAAAUAAAUCUUUAAGUACUGAA